AUGGAAGAAACCGCACAUCUACGAUUGCUUCUCAAAGCCGCGGAAGAAAGCAGAGACAGAGCUCUUGGAGCCGACAAAUUGUAUACAUCAAUCGGCACAAACACGGAAGCACUGCAGUAUGAUUCUGUGGGAACAAGUAUAGAUAUUCAGAUGUUCUUCCCUGCUGGCACUAGCAUGGACUCCGAACCAUAUGAAUCAACUGGCAUGAGUACGGAAACCGUAGGGAACGAGGUGGACUGCAUUCCAGGUAUGCCGAUAUCUCACUUUGUUAGUCAUGAUUCAUGUACGACGGCUACUGAUAGCGCGCUAAAUGUAGGGAGUUCAAGCAUUAUCGAGGAUCCGGUGUCUCAUGAAAUGAUUGCAGAUGUUGUUUUACGGACAAGCCACGAACUUAAUGGGAGACGUUCCGAGAGCCAGUUCUUUUCACCAGACCCUCCAACAUAUUGCCCAAGCAGCCCUGUACACAGUCCAGGGAGCCAAGUGAGCCGCUCUACAAGCCCGAUAGGCGGCCGCCGUAACCCAGAUCCGUUUGGCUCAUUGUCCAUCUCCCCACAACCUGCUACGCCAUUGGAUUACAUGGAUGAAUUUGAGAUUAUUGAUUGUUCUCCCUGCCAAGCUGUUCGCUGUCUCCACAAAUUAUGGGCCUCAGGGAGAUCUAUUCAGUCCCACAUUCACUCCCUCCUUGGGAGAGACGGCUUCGACAUCUCCUUGUUCUGUCCUUCCUGCAGUGAUCCUGAGAAUAUUUUUGAUCUAAUCAUUCAGAUCUUUACGCCAGCUGAGAGGAUACCAUUUACAGCGAAAGUACUUAAAGCCUGCAGAUGGUUUCCCAAAGAUCGAUACCAUAGUAAGUCGCCGAGCUAUAAAUGGUGGCUUAGUCUCUAUACGUCCAUCACUGUAGAAACGUACCAAGAAGGGCUUGACCUUCAACCCAUACACUUACAAAAAGUCAUGUCCGCCGAUGCGAUCAGCCUCCUCAUCAACUGCACAACUUUUGUUGUCGCAACGGAUUUACUUGAACGAUUGAAGUCCAAGAUAAGCCGUGGUCAGUUACUUGCUCUCCAACAAAGAGAUUCUAAGGAUAAUAUCUUCUACGAAGCUAAGUUUGACACGCACUGUGAGGAGUAUGUGAAAAUGCUCGAAACAUUGAAGCGCCAAAAGGCAGCUAAUACCGAGAUAUGGGACGAGUUCUUAAUAGAAAUGUUGAAAUGGGAGAUCUGGGAGCGACGAUGGAGGUUUUAUAAUCUAUGCAAGAAGAAUUAUAUUUGAGUUGCGAUUCUCAGAAAGAUCAGCUGUAUUAUUUACGAGGUUGACUGCCACAUCUUCCUUCACUUGAUCCACUCUCCAGCAUGUGUUCGCAAGGAAGUAGGUAUGCAUGUCCCUCAAAGUUGAUGUUGACUGAGGCUGAAUCUCUU